UGUUGGGUUCACACCAAAUACAGUGAACAGGCCUACCGUUACACAUUAUAAUACUUCACUAUUAAAACAAAAACAUUCAUUAUAAACCACAAAGCCACUUUCAGACCAGACAAACUUUCACUAGCAUUCGCUAAGCAACACACAAGCAGCCAAUCAGCAUUCUCUGGGCAACAAACAGCAGCCAAUCAGCAUUCGCAGAGCAACACACAGCAACCAAUCAGCAUUCGCUGAGCCACACACAGGCUAAUAUCCCGCCUCGGCGCUCAGUGUAUGAAGUGGAUGGAGUAUGAGUCGGAUCGCUGAUGAAUGCUAAACUUUGCCGUUUGCUGUAUAAUUAUUCUUCUGUUACGGGUGUUGUGCGUCUUUUCAAAAAGAAUGAGAGGCCUGGAGAAGAUGAUGAACUAGUGGAGUAAAAGUAAACUAGUAAAAGAAGAGGCAAGAUUUUUUCGCCUGCACUCAGUGUGGAAAGAGAUUGAUUUGGAUGCAAAGCAGCCGUAAAAUUCUCAAGAUGGUCCGCACUGGAGAGAAACCAAUCACAUGUACCCAGUGUGGUAAGAGUUUCACACGAUCAUCACACCUUAAUAGACACAUGAUGAUCCACACUGGAGAGAAACCAUUCACAUGCACUCAGUGUGGAAAGAGUUUCGGAGAAUCAUUAUCCUUUAAUAGACAUAUGUUGAUCCACACUGGAGAGAAACCAUUCACAUGUACCCAGUGUGGGAAGAGUUUUACACAAUCAUCAUCCCUUAAUAGACAUAUGAUGAUCCACACCGGAGAGAAACCAUUCACGUGUACCCAGUGUGGGAAGAGUUUUACACAAUCAUCAACCUUUAAUAGACAUAAUAUGAUCCACACUGGAGAGAAACCAUACACAUGUACCCAGUGUGGGAAGAGUUUUAGACGAUUUUCAUUAUUUAAUCUACACAUGUUGAUCCACACCGGAGAGAAACCAUUCACAUGUACCCAGUGUGGUAAGAGUUUCAGACGAUUAUCAAACCUUAAUCAACACAUGUUUAUCCACACUGAAGAGAGACCAUUCACAUGUACCCAGUGUGGAAAGAGUUUUAAAGACUCCUCAUCACUAAAUAAACAUGUGCUGAUCCACACUGGAGAGAAACCACACAAGUGUGAUCAAUGCGGUAAAACAUUUGCAAGGGGUUCCCUUCUGAAGAACCACCUAAGAGUUCAUACAAAGGAGAAACCGUAUUCAUGUUCUGUGUGUGGAAAGGGUUUUACAUGGCAGUCAAGUAUAAUAACCCAUCAGAAGAUCCACACUGGUGUGAGAGAGUAUUACUGCUUUGAGUGUGGGAAGACUUUCAUUACAGCUGAUCAGUUGGAACGGCACGAAAGGAAUCACACUGGAGAGAAACCGUACAAGUGUUCACACUGCGACAAGAGAUUCAGUCAGAUAGCAUCUCUGAAAGCACAUGAGAAGAUUCACACUGGAGAAAAACCCUACACAUGUUCACACUGCGACAAGAGAUUCAGUCGAUUAGGAAAUCUGAAAGUGCAUGAGAGGAUUCACACUGGAGUGAAACCGUACAAGUGUUCACACUGCGACAAGACAUUCAGAGAGCCAGGACAACUGAAAGUACAUGUGAGGACUCACACUGGAGAGAAACCAUACAUGUGUUCACACUGCAGCAAGAGAUUCAGUCGAUUAGAUAGUCUGAAAGAACAUGAGAGGAUUCACACUGGAGAGAAACCGUACAUGUGUUCACACUGCGACAAGAGAUUCAGUUAUUUAGGUUGCCUGAAAGUACAUGAGAGGACUCACACAGCAAUUUGUUCUUUGAAAAACGAUGUCCUUCAAGAUAGAGUAGGGUUUUAACCUCGGCAUCCUGGCCAAAUUUGCCCCUGGCCCCUGUCAAUUAUGGCCUCCUAACCAUCCCUAGGGCUCAACAUUACGGACGCUCGGGACAGUAGACAGUAUUGUUUUCUGUGAACUGUGCUGCCUUCUCACAAAAGUUCAAUUUACCAGUGACUAUUUGUCAAUUUCCUAUGAAAACUGUCUUAGAAUCGAGGAACAGUGUGUAGUUUUAAGUCUUUGAAUGCUAUCUUCUCUGUGAUGUCGUAAACACCAUAUUGCUUUUCGAUUCCUGUGAAAACAGCAAAGUAACGGCGACAUCAAAUUAUGAGGCUAAAAGAAUGUCUAAAGGCCUGUGCACACCGAGACGUUUUUUGCUCACGUUUUCCGUUGACGUUUAUCGCUUCGUGACUAAAUAAAGUGCGUCAAUGUGAUCGUGCACACCAACGCGCAAAACACCAGCCGCAAAAGCGUCAUUUAAAAAAAAAAAACGCCUCAUGCUCGUAUUUUAUUUUUACGUGCCACAUUUGGAGGCGCUCAAGCGCAAAACUGCACAUUGAAGAAGAUGCCCAGAGCCGAUAUGAUCUUAGAGCUGCUUAUUGCACUGGUGAACAAUAAUAAUUUCUUCAUCACUAGAGCUGGAGCUGCUACUUGUACCAUCUAUGCUUGUUUCAGUCACCAGUAACUUUAACAACUUUAACAACAAGCAUGUGAACUUCCUCUCCUCCUCUUCUUCUGUGUUAUGAGCGGGUGUCGGAAGUUUAAAGUUGUGUAGCGCCAUCUAACGUCAAGGAGUA